AAGAUGGCGCCUCCAACUGUCCCGCUACUUCCCGACAAGAGAAAUGGAACAAACAGUCACGGCUCCCCGGCCAGAACUAAAAAAACAACUGCGACAAACACAGACAAGAAGCCCCUGUUGAAUGGAAUUGCGUCGCCUUCACACUUGGUUGCGACCAUCAGCACCAACCCUGCCAGCAAACCAAUUGUGGAGGGAUUUUUGAAGACAGAUGACAGGAUGCGUUUAGCCAAAGAGAGACGGGAGGAGAGGGACAGAAGCCUUGCGGCACGGGAGCAGCUGAUCCGGGAGAAGGAGCGACGAUCUCAGCUGCAGUACGAGCGCACGGUGGAGGAGCGCUGGAAGCGGCUGGAGGAGCAGAAGCACAAGGAGGAGCUGCGCCGGGCUGCGGUGGAGGAGAAGCGAAGACUGCAGCUGGAGGAGGAGAGGGUCAGCUGAAUACAGAGCAUCCUAAGAAA